CAGUUUUAGUGAAAGUGAAGUAAAUAAAAAUAAUAAUGUCAAAUUUAGAGUCUUUUGAUCUUCAGUCCCUCCAGAUGGUGUUGGGACUUAUUGAACGCAACAUUACGGAUAUUCCAUCCUUUUUGCUUGCAAAAGCAGUGGAUAUAGAAAAUGCUCAGAAUUCUUCUUUCCAAUCAGGACAUCGGGGUGCACAAAUUAUAAUGUCGGAGUGGGUAGAUGCACCACUAAGGGACGGAGUAAAGAACUGGCCCUUAGAUGCAUCUUCAUUCUAUUUGCGAGAUGCUCCUUAUGAUGGUGCCAUCUGGCAUCAAGAAUACAGGUGGUCUUGGGACCUAAGGAAAUAUGAAACUCGUACUUAUUGGGCUCCUAAAGAAUUCUUGUACCCGGCGUCUUGUAAAUACCCAAUGGAGGAGAUAAUGGAGAAGAUAGUAGGUGUGCUGGGUGUCAGCACUAUUGAACUCCCUUUCAUUUUGCUUCCCGGAGUACCACCAAGGGAGGGAUACCGACCGAAAAAUAAGGCCGUAGAAUUGAUAUUUGAACAGAAAUAUCAAUUAGAAUGGGAAAUUCCGGGACUAACACAAUACAAUUGGGAUUUGCGUUGGAAUGUAAAUUUACGUUCCGCAUGGUUUCCUUGUUAAGAAAAAGACUUCUCCGGAAUAUGUUUUAGUGAUAAAAC